GCUGGCGAGGCAGCCAUGUUGUCGGGCUCAGGGAAGAGCACAGUCCUGCUGCCUGUGCUUUUGCAAUCAACUAUUAAGGUGCAACUAUGCCCAAAAGAAAGGCUGCAGCUGAAGGCGAGGCAAAGGAGGAGCCAAAGAGGAGGUCAGCUAGAUUAUCUGCUAAACCUGCUCCACCAAAACCGGAGCCAAAGCCCAAAAAGGCAGCACCUAAGAAAGAGAAAGCAGCAAAUGAUAAGAAGGAGGACAAAAAAGCAGCAACAAAAGGGAAGAAGGGAGCCAAAGGCAAAGAUGAAGCUAAGCAAGAGGACACUAAAGAAGAAAACCACUCUGAAAAUGGAGAUACCAAAACUAAUGAGGCACCAGCUGCUGAAGCAUCUGAUGAUAAGGAAGCCAAGUCCGAGUAAUGUUAACCCUGCCCUAUAUCUCCAUCAUUUGGUAUCCGUACCUCCAUGCUGUAUUGUUAACAGAGAGGAAUAUUUUUAUCAACUAUUUUAUAAAUGCAGGUUUUUUUAGCAUGAAUUUAAUUAUGGAACAUCUUCAUCUCGGUUACUUGGGAAUUAAAUCCCUAACAAAACAAAAAAAAUCAUUGUUUUUAAAUUUUGUGAUUGUAAUAGUUUGUAUGGUACAUGGAAAGAAUAAGUGGUGGUAGCUUUUGACUUCUGUCAGUGUGUCCCUUUUUGUGUAAGUCAUGCUUACAGACUUCAGAUUUUAAUUUUACCCUUGUACGUGUUGUAUGGUUUCUUAAAGUGGGGAGGUCUCAAAACAAAUAACUGUUAAACAUUCCAGUGGUUCUGUGGGUUGCUUUUAUAAAGAAGGUGAGAUAUUUUCAUGAAAAUCUUAAGAGCUGAAAAUCUGCUGUUUCCCAAAUGUAAUUUUAUUUUGUCGGUUUUGAAAAAAAAUAAAAGUGUAAUCUUGUUUUUAAAUGAAAUACAAAAUUUCUUUUAAAAGGGCAGGUUGGUUGUAUGUACCCACUGUUAGGAAUUUUGCUGGAUUUAUCUUAAUAAAAAAGACUCCUCAAAAGUUUAUUGUGGUUUGUUGCUUGUGCUGUAAACUUGUAUUAUUGGAAUAUAGUAAACCACCUAACGGUGGUUAGUAGCACAAUGCAUCAUGUUAAAAUAAACCAUGCAGCCAGCAGGCCUUUGAGUUCACAACAGGAUCAACAGUUGGGUCUGUAAGCCAUUUUCUUCAGCAACAUACACAAAUACCAAUAUGGGCCAGACCCAAGCAGGUGAAAUUGGCAGGGCUAAAUUGGUUUCAGUGCACAUAUAUGGAUUUACACCAUUUGGGAGUCUGGUCCUACAUCUUCAUUGUAAGGCCUUAAGCCCUCUUUCAUGGAUUGUAAUGCUUAAGGCCUAUUUAUAUUACUACUUAAGCAAAGAUGAUGUGUUUAAAAUAUAUGGCAUAACCAUAAUAGAAAUUAUUGGGAUUAACCUCCCAAAAUGUUAGGGUAACCUAUUUAUGUUAGAUUUGUUAGUCACUUCAAUAUAGUUUCUUAGUUUCCUCUUGCCCUAAGACCGUUGCAUACGUUUUUAUGCAUAGAGGUUUAAAGGCUAUUAUGCUUUGAUAGUAUGAAAUGGGUUUCUGUCAUUGUUAAGGAAAUGUUCUAUAGCAUUGGUUAAAACGUGCCCUUCCAUAAUUCUUGUUAUAUUUCACUUACUUACGAAUUUAUUACUUUAAAAAGAAUUUCAGGAGCCCAUUUACUAUUUUCUAGUAGGAGGCGCACAGGUAUACACAAGUGUUUCCCAUUAAUGCAGUACUCUUCCUGAUUAAUUUGGGAGAUGGUAACUAGGCUCCAGGCCAGGGUUUAAAUGGAGUAAUAAUAGUUUUCUACCUAAUUUUAUUCCUGUUAUUACAAUUAUACAUUCAAAUUGAAUAUCAAGAAUAUUCUACAUCUUCAUCUUAAAGUAUUCUUUUUAU